AUGUCGAUUUUCAUUUUCGUUGAGCACGUGUGGGGAUCCUGUCAAAUUCCGCGUUGGUUUUGGAAGAAAAGUGAGCGACAUGUAUUUAGCAUGGCUGACGCUGCGACCGAAUCUGCUCCAGCUCCGGCUGAUACUGCUGCUGCUCCUACCGAAGCUGCUCAACCUCCAGUUGAAUCCAUGGAAACUGGUGAUGCUCCACCAGCUACUGGCGCUGCCACCACAGAGGAAGCUGCUCCUCCAGCUCCUGCAGCUGCUACUCCAGCUCAGCCAACACCGUCUGCGGCUCCUGUGGCUAGUGCAACUGCUCCAGCUGCUUCAGCGGCUCCUGCCGCUCCAGCAGCACCCACCCAGCCUCGAUCUGCUCCGGCUAUCCCCACUCGACAAUACCUCGAUCAAACCGUUGUGCCGAUUCUGUUGCAGGCUUUGGGAGCGCUCGCAAAGGAACGACCUGAAAAUCCAAUUGACUUCUUGAUCAACUUUCUCAUCAAAGAAAAGGAGCGCUAUCAGCCAUCGACAGAAAAUGUUUCGUAA